CGCAGGUAAAUGAAACCUGUUAAAAACAGGCAAACGGGCUAGAACACCUCAUUCUCUAGCUCCUUCUCUCUGUGAAUUUGUUGAGACAACUUUGAGAUGGCAUUCAGUGGAACCUACCAGCUCGAGUCACAAGAGAACUUUGAAACUUUCAUGAGAGCCGUUGGUAAGCUAUGCUAUUGCAGGAACUAGGAGCCAUAGAUUGCGAUUCUUUAUGUUCUAAGCUUUCAGUUUUCAGCUAGAAAGUGAAUGUAUAAACAAGAGUAGAUAUGAGUAAAAUAUUAUUUGAAGGUAUUAAUUUUAAGCUGCAAUGAGGAAAAACAGAGCCAAUUACUCUGUGUGUCAUGAAACGGAUGCUGUACAGCAAGUAAGCAACAGAAAACAGCACAGGUACAUAGUAUCACACCUGGUAGUAGGAUAGAUUGAUAGAUAGAUAGACCGACCAACCGACCCAACGAUCGAUAGAAACAGACAGACAGACAGACAGACAAACAGAUAGAUAGACCGACCAACCGACCCAACGAUCGAUAGAGACAGACAGACAGACAGACAGGCAGAUAGAUAGAUAGAUAGAUAGAUAAACCGACCAACCGACCAACCGACCCAACGAUCGAUAGAGACAGACAGACAGACAGACAGAUAGAUAGAUAGAUAGACCGACCAACCGACCCAAUGAUCGAUAGAGACAGACAGACAGACAGGCAGUCAGAUAGAUAGAUAGAUAGACCGACCCAACGAUCGAUAGAGACAGACAGACAGACAGACAGAUAGAUAGAUAGAUAGAUAGAUAGAUACGUAGAUUGAUAGACAGACAGACAGAUAGAUAGAUAGAUAGAUAGAUAGAUAGACACAUAGAAAGAUAGAUAGAUAGAUAGAUAGAUAGAUAGACCGACCAACCGACCCAAUGAUCGAUAGAGACAGACAGACAGAUAGAUAGAUAGAUAGAUAGAUAGAUAGGGGGCUCCAGUCUGAAUUUAUUUGAUGUGAGAGUGAUCCAUUACAAAGGUGAUCUAAGUAAAUAUUUUGCUAAUUUCUAUAGAUUUUCUUUGGCUUAUUUUUUUUUUUUCCUUUUUUUUUCCAUGGGGUUGAUAGAGUUCACUGAUUAUGAAAAUGAAUCUUUCCCAUCUGGUAUUAUUUUUUAUAUCUUGCAGUUUGUGGCAAAUCAGAACAUUCAGAAUAAUAAAGGGAUUGUAUGGAAUAACUCCCAAAAUAGGCUCCACAGGGAACUGGAAUAAAUUGACUGAUUUUUUAAAAAUUAUUAUUGUAUUGUUUUUUUAUUUAUUACAAUUUACGUAUUUUUCUUUUUGUUUUAUUUUAACAUCAUUUUUAACUUCAGUUUGAUAUAUCAAAAUGAUCAAAUUUUAAACUCAAGGUCUAUCUACUGUCUAGCUGAGUACCUUGUAUAAAGAUCUUUAAUAGAUCUCAGCUCCAGACUCUUUACCUUUUGUAUUGAUCACUGCAUUUGUACAGUAUUGUUCUCUCAGUCGUACAGCAUUGCGGAGUUUGCUUGUGAUAUGUAAAUGUCAGUAAUCAUAAGAAUAAUACUAAUAAUGUCCAAACUGGUCCCUAAAUCUGGCUUAUGUAAGGAAUUUAGUAGAAAUUCACUUGCAAAUCGGCUACCGAUGAACAAACAUUUUACAAGUCUUACAGAAAUUCGCUAUGUUUAUUUGAAAAAUCCAAACUGCUGCUAUGUAUGUUUUAAGGAUACAAUGUAAAUGUGCAUGCAGUUUGCCUUACCAGUUCCGCUUUCUAUACCUACAGCUGACAAUCUGGCAACAAAUUCAAAGCUCUUUACUCCACUGUUAAAUGAAUACAUGCCUAAGUUAAAGUACUGCUAUUAUAAAAGGUCAUUUAAUGUAAAAAAAACAAAAAAACAAUCAACCAUAAUUAUAUCUAAUUCAAAGCAUUAGAUAUAAUCAAAAUCAUAUUAUUUGAUUAACAAAAUUUUAAUAUUUUGUUGUUGCAGUUAUGUGGUCUAAUACAAUUUGUGUUUUGUUUCUCCAGGUCUACCCGAGGAACUGAUAGAGAAGGGGAAGCAUGCUAAGAGUGUCACGGAAGUUGUGCAGAAUGGAAACCAUUUCAUUUUCACUGUGACUACGGGACCUAGGGUUCAACGUAGUGAGUUUACCAUAGGUGAAGAGGCAGAGUUUGACUCAAUAAAAGGAGGGAAGGUCAAGGUAUGACAAUACAUAUACAGCCCAGAAUAAAAUUUAUAACCAAACCUCACCCUUGCAAUAAUAGUUGUAUACAGUCUGGUUCACCCAAUUCCAUACGUGGUGUCCAGAUUCUUACAGUAACAGCCCGUAAAAUGAGUCCUAUCCCCACGUUUAUUGCCAGUGGACUGGUGGGUUUUCUUGGUGGGGUCUCUUUUGUGCCCUACAUAGUCAAAGAUGAUAUUACAUGACAAUCAGAGGACUGUUCUGUAUGUAGGGUUGUUUUCGUAUAUAAUUUUGGCAUUUGAAAGCCGAGGUGGUUUGUAUGUAAGACACAAACAAUACCUAGACCGCUUUUUAUAAUAUGAUGUCAUUCUUAUCUCUGAAACUGUUGGUCACCCACUCACAGCUUGUCCCCUGCCCUGUCAACCAGAUCAGGCUCUCUUGGCCAACAGCUCCUAACCCUCAUAGUUCUCACUGGUUCACUUGAGCUCUAAUCUGUACAUCAUCCAUAAAUACACUCUCCAUAUUUCAGCACUAUGUAAAAAACAUCACAAUUAAAUGAGCCCAAUCCAGAAAUAUUUGAGUGUCAGACUGACGUUCACAAUGGCUAUCAAGGGAAAUUUUCCCCUGAUUUCUAUAGUUAGUUUUUUUACAGUUUUUUCCCCCUAUAUUAGGGUUAAUGGAAUUUACUGGUGAUAUGCUGGCAAUGAAACUGAACCUUUCAUUUCUUGUUUUUCUGUCUUGUAGGCUGUUGUUAAUCAGGAAGGGAACAAGCUGAUUACAAAACUUGAAGACAUCACCACUGUCACGGAGUUUGAUGGAGAUAAACUAAUUAAUGUAAGAUUAUAUAUUUUUAGUAUUAUUUCUAAGCAGCCGAGAAUAGAAUGUAUCUGUGUAAUAUAUGUAUUUAGAAUGUAUCUAUAGUUCUCUACAAUUCAAGUGGCGAUGACACCGACCUGUUUUGGAGCCAAAACUCAAUAACUUGCACAAAUGGUUUUCCUUGUUAACAGUGAAUGCAAUGACACAAGCACACACAUUUCCCAUGUACCGGUAUAUAUAUUUUUUCUCAAUAACCUCUAUUAGAAAGCAGCAAACAUGGAUGUUUGGGUAAUGUACAGCAUCCUAGUUUGCCUCUCUUCCUUUUGUAAGCGGAGAACAAAGAGGGUGGAUUACCUUGGCUAGGGCAUGGAAAAGUACCAGUUUCUGGUACUUAAGCACUCUUAAUGACUAAUACAAUACAUUGACAUUUCGUAAACCCUGAGGGCGGGUUAUACACUAAAAAGUCAGGGAUGGUAAAUUAUCAAACAAAUUGCAAAUUUCUGCAAUGAUUUCCAUGUGGGAAAAAUCACCAAAACCUCUGUUAUUUCUCUAUUAUUUUUAACAGCUUAUAGGGUAACCCCAAUGUCCAUAACCACUUUGCUUUUUGAAGUGGUCAUGGAGGAAGGAAACUGUCUGUGCAGUGUUUCAGCUUGAAACAUUGCACAACCAGAGUUAAUCUACCCUGGCACUGGAUUUAAGGUGAGUAAAAUGCAUGAAAUUCCUUUCUUGGAGCAUUUGAGAGGGGGACCUAAAGAAUAAUGCCAGAGAGGGCAUUAUUAGUUUUUUUGUUUUUAAAGUUAGAAGAGUUGGAGUAAUCAGUGGUGGAACUACCUCCGGUGCAUCCGACUCAGAGGGCCCAUUGGGUUACCCAUGCACUACCAAGGGUGUCAAGCCUCCUGCACAUAGAAUGUAUGUUGAAAAGAGGGUGGCUAAACAUAUAUACAUUAUUACAUGUGUGGUGUGUGUGUGUGUGUAUCUAUGUGUUAGUCAGUACAUGUGUCUCUAUGUGUUUCUCAAUGUGUGUAUAUGCGUGCAUCUAUGUGUGUCUGUAGGUGUGUAUCUGAGUGUGUGUAUCUGUGUGUCUGUCAAUGUGUAUGUAUAUCUAUGUAAGUAUGUAGUUAUGUGCAUAUGUGCAUACAUCCCAGCAAGCAAACACCAAAACUAUAUGCAAACACAGCCUUGCAAUCAAACACAAACAUUACAUACAAACCACCUCAGCUUUCAAAUGCCAAAAUUAUAUCCGAAAACAACCCUACAUUCAAACACCAAUACUACUCACAAAUGUAAACUAGUAUUUAAACACUGCAUACAAACAACUCUAUAUUCAAAUUCAAACAUUACAUAGAAGUACAUUACUGCAUUCCAAUGGCUACGGUACAUACAAAUACAUCCCUACGUGCACACAUACAUACUAUUUGCAAAAUCAUGAUACAAUUCAAACGCACAAAUCCUGCAAAUGGUAGACCCUCAGCUGAUAUUUAUUUAUAAAAUAUUUUACCAGAAAGGAUACAUUGAGAUUUCUCUCCCUUUCAAGUAUGUCCUGGGUCCACAAAACGUUGCAUUGACACAAUAGGGUACAAUAAAAUACAAAUACAAUACAAAUACAAAAUAUAACAUCGUGGGUGUUGUACAAUGAAUGGGGUUUUACCAUUCUAGUUACCUUUGUGCUAGAGGGGGCCGAAAAAAAAUCUUACAACUGUCAAUCUCUACAUUAGUUCGGCUACAGGGAGUAACCCUUUAAUGUCACAUUUUGGUUGUUAUUUCCUUACAUUUUACUGUAUAGUGAUUAUAUUCAGAAUCCUAUAGGAUAGCUUUCUAUACGCUAACCAUGCCAUAAUUCAUCUUAGACUACAUCUGUUUCCGUAAUGUCACUGUAUAGUUAUUCACCUCUUCCAUGAUGACGCCUGUACUUUACUAACGAUAAGGUAUGUAAAUGACUUGUGGUUGCCAGAUCCCUUAGAACAUGGUCACGGAUCUACUGCUUGCUACGAUCAAUGAAUCCUGUAUAUGGUAAUAAAAAACGUAACCCAUAUAUUUAGCAACAUACAUUUAUUGUCUUGUUUUUUCUUAUUGGUUAAUUUUCCAGGUAAUGACUUUGAAAGAUAUUAACUACAAGAGAAUCAGCAAGAAAGUCUGAAAGAUGAAGAACCUUUCAAUAUUAUUACGAAUGAAAAAAAUAAAACGUUUCCUUUAAAAAAAAAAA